CAUAGACCGGCACGGACACUUAGAGCGCAAGAUGCCUUACCUCUUGAACUUGACGACCGUUCUCCUGUUGAUUAUCGCUCACUGUGGAUCCUGGACUCUGGCCGGUCGCUUGGGUCACCAUAAGCUAUGUCCUUCUUGCAAAGACUCCCGGGCAUCUCGGGACCACAUGGGGAUGGGCAGUACGGCUGUCCUGGCUUCGGGUGAGCCGUGUGGGGUUUACACUCUGAGCUGUGCCAAAGGCCUGCGCUGCAUGCCCCCUCCACGCGACCACAGCCCCCUUCAGGCUCUGCUGCACGGCCGAGGCUUUUGUACCAAGUACAGCAGAAUAAGUCCUACCGAUAGACCGCCUGUUGCAGGUCCACAUCCUGCACAAAGUGAUGAAACUGAAAAGGCUCCGUGCCGGAAGUUGCUCAAUGCCAUCCUGCGCGGCCUUGAGAUUACUGUUUUCCAGUCUGAUCGCGACAUCUACAUCCCCAACUGCGACACUCGAGGCUUCUACAGGAAAAAGCAGUGUCGAUCGUCUAAAGGCAUGCAGCGCGGCCACUGCUGGUGCGUGAAUGAACUAGGAAUCUCCGUGCCCUCCCACAUUCGUGAAGAUGGCACUUUACCAUGUGACGGAGAAUGAGAG